CUGUGGAUCGUGCGCCACAGCGAAACCAGCAGCGGGGCAGAGAGCAGCGCGGCGGCGGCGGCACAUCAACUCAUUCUCCGGAAGGACGGCGGCUCUCGCUCGAGGGGCUUCUACUCGGCUGUUGCCCCCCCCCCACCCCCAUUUUUCUGUAAACUGAGCCCGACACCUUUUGCCGCUCGCGCAUCCCGGCACGUUGCUUGCUCUUUUUCUUUUUUUUAGAAGAGUGAGACGGGUGGAGGGGAGGGGAGGGGAGGUCGUCAAGUCAGUCGGCGUCUAAACCCCGUUUUUUUUGCCCUGCAACGCACCACAAAAAAAAAGAAAAAAAGAAAGAAGACGCACUGUCCCAAGUCCACCUGGAUAGCUGAGUGAAGCCGUCCGGUCCGCAUCGAGGUCCAGCGGGGACGAGGAGGAGAGAGAGAGACAGACAGAGAGACGAGGAGAAGUUCGCGCGCGCAACGCAAGAGACACACCGCGGAGACAGGAUGAAUCUCAAGAGUCAUUUGAUUUUCACCCUCUACACUAUUUAUGGGAUUCUUCUGAAAGUGAUGGCUUCAAAAGGCAAAGCUCGAGGCAUCAGCGGUCAGUACCCACUGGUUCAGAAUGUGACGGUGACAGAGGGCGGGACGGCGAACAUGACUUGUCGUGUGGAGUAUAAUGACAACACCUCCCUCCAGUGGUCAAACCCAGCACAGCAGACCCUCUUUUUUGGGGACAAGAAAGCUCUAAGGGACAACAGGAUUGAACUGGUGCACGCGUCGUGGUCGGAGUUGACCAUCAGCAUCAACGACGUCACGCUGACGGAUGACGGCAUGUACACCUGCUCUCUGUUCACCAUGCCCGUCAGAACAGCCAAAGCCUACCUGACAGUUCUAGGUGUGCCAGAGAAGCCAGAGAUCGAUGGCCUGACGAAGCCGGCGUUGGAGGGCGACGACAUCACUCUGACCUGCAUGACUCAGGGCAGCAAGCCCGCUGCCGACCUGCGCUGGUUCAGAAAUGAAAAGGAGGUGAAAGGUGCCAAAGAGGUGAAUGCAAGCGGGAAGACAUUUACAGUACGGAGCUCUCUGCAGCUGCACGUGGACAGAAAUGAUGAUGGAGUGGCCUACACCUGCAAAGUGGACCAUGUGGCCCUCGCACAGACACCACAGCAAGCUACCGAAGUACUGGAGGUCCACUAUGCUCCUCGUGUGCAGAUCGUCCACUCCCUCGCUGUCCCCCAGGAGGGUCAGUACUUAAAGCUGGAAUGCGUGUCCAAAGGAAACCCUUCGCCCGAUCCUGUUAUGUGGACAAAGGACGGGGGUGAACUUCCUGACCUGGACAGGAUGAUUGUAGAGGGGAGGGAGCUCACCUUUACUUCACUCAACAAGACGGACAAUGGCACCUACCGCUGUGAAGCCGGCAACCACUUAGGGACCAGUAGUGCUGAAUACGUGCUCUACGUCUAUGACCCCCCCACAACCCUGCCUCCAUCCACCACUCCCCCCCUGCAUUCCAUCCCUCCAGAUCCCACCCGCGCCUCAGACCGCACAGUCACUGACAGCAGAGAUCCCAACGCUCUGGGGCAGCACGGCACCGACCAUGCCCUGAUCGGAGGAGUGGUGGCCGUGGUGGUCUUUGUCACCCUGUGUUUAAUCAUUGUUCUGGGAAGAUACCUGGCCAGGCAUAAAGGAACGUACUUGACAAACGAGGCCAAAGGGGCGGACGACGCGCCCGACGCCGACACAGCGAUCAUCAACGCCGAGGGCAACCACGCGCACGCAGAAGAGAAGAAAGAGUACUUCAUUUAGACUGCAGAGGGAGCUGUGCAGCUCUCUCUCUCUCUCUCUUUCUCUCUUUCUCUCUCUCUGUCUCCCCCUUUUCUUCUCCAUGUCUGACCACUUCCCCGCCCUGUCAACAAGGAACCAGGCAGUGCACAGACAGAGAAGUCCCUUCAGUGUUUUUUCCGAUUAUUGCUUCUUUUUUUUUCUUUACCUUUUACAUCUGGUGUUUUCUCUUUGUUUGUUUUUUGGCAGCCGGUAUUCACAGGCAGCCGGCAGUUGCUGCCGAAAGUGUCCCCCCUCCCCGUCCCCGUCCCCCUCCUCCCCCCUUUUUCCUCGUCUUUGACAUAAAAUGCCUGGAAGUCUGUGUAACUACCAUGACUGCUUCUUACAUGAGCCCUUCUGCACCCUGUUUCCCUCCAAGCAGGCAUCCCAACACACACACACACACACACACACAGGUCCUCUUUUGUCUCGCACGCUCACAAACACCUAUCAUAUAUCACAUAAACACGCUGCCUAAAAAUACAGACGCCAUUGAACUUCUGUCAAUGCCUUCAUGUAUCGUCUGUCGGUAGCAAUGUAAAUGCUUUGUAGAUGGGUUCACUGGACCAUCAUUUCAUUAGUUAGCUCACUGCUUUAUACUAUACAUUGCGUCUUUUUGUUAUUUUAAUAAAACUCUUUGCUGUUUACGCCUUAUACAUGUCUAUCACACUGAAUAUGCGACUUUUAGAUCCACCCCCCUCCCCCCGACCCCAGGUCCCCUCUAAAUAGACUUGUAAUUAAACAGUUGACCCGUGUAAGAUAAGAAGAAGGUUUUGUGUAACACUGUAGCAAGGCUUGUCAGAUAAGUGUGUUAUAUGAUUUUCCUUAUUAGAAUAGGGAUAAUAAAGGGUGGUGUGGUAUUGUUUAGAGCAGAUAACACACACAGAUGCUAAAUGAAGCAUUCCAUCAAAUAAACUCAACCAAGUGUAUAAAACCAUUUGCUAAAUCUGCUGUACCUUUGUCUGUAUAUUCUUGCACUGCCGAAGCUGCAGUUUAGUGAAACACCAACACCUUGUGUGUCCUCUUGAGCGCUUAAUAGUUUGUGAUUCACAUAUUGGGUUCAGGUGUACAGAAAUAGUUAAUCUCCACUCUCUAAAGCCUGUAAAAAUUGUAAUGAAAUAAGUUUAGCUUUUGCUUUAAUUUUUUACGUUACGUCACAUUUAAAUAUUUUUCAGGCUUACGGACCCUUUGAAAUGUAAAAUUAAACGUUUAGAGUCGAGUUGGUCAAAUAAGUACACAAAUGAUUUUCUCAAUCUUAUAGCGGAUUUUCGUUGUCGGUUACCUUUUGUAAACUCGAUGUGCUGGCAGGUUUUUACAGUGUGUUUCAUACACGCUGGAUUAUGAACAAACAUGCAGUAAUAUUAACAUUUUAUACAAAUAGUGAUACGAUCAAUUUCACCAACGCCACAUUAUAUAUCACAUUUGCAGCUCUGUGUUUUACUUUAACAAGCUUCAAGCUAUUUAGUUAAAUGCUUUGUAUCACCAACAUGUCUCCUUGCUAAAUGCUCUGCUUAUUUUCCUUUAGUCAGAGUCGCUUGCCAUGAGCUGAACUUUGAUUUCCAUUUCAUGGGGUCUUCAAGCAAAAAAAAAAGAAAAAGAAAAUGUAAAAUAGACGUGUGAGUGGUGGGUCGUGGACCUGCAGGGGCCUCCUUUCCAAAACUUAAAACUGAAGACAAAUAGAGAAGCACAAAAAUGUCUGAAUGAGAAACUGUGUUCCUUUGGCAACAAUGACAUUUGCCUUGGGAAUGGUUGUGCUAUUCAAAUGGGUAGUGGAAAGACAACAAGGCCGUCUUUCAUUCAAUUCAUGGAGGGGAAAUACAAUGCAUCUUUUUGAAAAUGUAAGCUAAAAUAUGUUUUUCUUCAAAAUAUUGUAAUAGUUUUGGUUUAAGUGGUUCAAAUCUCCCUGCUGUGUAUUGUGUCUGCUAAAAUGUGGUUGAUUGUGAAAAUUGCUGUUAAAUUCUGGGUUCCUACAAAUUUGUAUAUUAGCCGCGUUAUCUAUUUACUUUACCUUUUCAUCAAAUAGUCCUUAUUGAAGAACUUUUAAACAGAAGUAUUUGGUUCUGGCACAAGGCAUGUAUAUACUGGGUGAGGACAAAACUUUGGUAAUCCGCAUUAGCAUGUUUUUGUUUGGCUCAUAUUUUUAUUUAUUUGAACUGAAGUUAUUGAAGAGAUAACCACAAUGAAGAUGUGUUUGUAACUUCAUUUUGGAGAGCGGCGGCUUCCUGUGUUCGUGGCGCGCUCUGGAGGUGCUGCCGAUCCGAAGGAUUGGGCUUUGUGGUAGAUGUGACUAACAAAACAAAAGAAAAAUCUACAAAACUGAACAGAAACAACAGAAAUCCUUAAAAUACAAAUUGGAAUCGAAGAGCAUCCAAGGAUAAAUCGCCUUCAUGUCCGAGGCGUUUAAAGUUUCACGCACGCUUACACAAACAUAACCUUGUGAACAACUUCUGCUUUUUUUCAUAUAUCAUUGCCAUUUGUCUUUCAUCAGUUUUGAGGAAUUUGGCAGAUUUACUCUCCCGAGCGAUAAACAAUGUGACGUCUGAUACUAAGGAGUUAAAAGGCGAGGCACUAAUCUACCAAGAUGGAGCAAAUUAUUACCAAGGGCAAUAAAAUAGUGGGCCCAGCUGUCUCCCAUUCAGUGGCCAAUUUACAACAUUAUGCAAAUAAGGUCAGCAAGUAAAGUCCUUCUGGAGCGUCUCCAGUGCUGCCGGAGUGAAUCACAAGUUGGGAAUAAUUAAACCUAUCACCACCGAUGUAGAAUUUAGGUUGCAUAUUACAUUUAAACAUAUUUUAAGAAUGCAAAAGCUUUGUCACAAUUUCCAUCUUUUUUUUUUCAUUUCAGAGCACUUAAACCAACCACCACAUGUUUGUCUUCAGCUUCUGGGCCAAAGCACUCUAGACUGGCUCUGGUCUUUGGACAUCUUCUGUAUCACAUACUGUACUUUUAUCACAUUGAUGAUUUGUCUUUUUUUUACUCUCUAUCUAGUUUCUUGUUCUUGUGUCUUAAUCGACGAUGUGCCAGUCAGAUUCUGCAUUGCUUUAGGCCCUUAUAUCAACCUUAGGAAUAAGAGAGUGGACAAAUGGAUCUGUUGAUUCAGAGAAGCAGAUUAUUAAAUGAACACUUGUGAAUUA